GCUCAAGCAAAACAGCUGUUUGUCAAAAAUUAAAAAAAAAUAAAAAUAGUGAAUGUAUUUCUAUUUGAAAGAACUUCGGAAAAUUUUCAGAUUAUUUGUAUAUAAAUUAUGUUGUUACGGCUAGGGCUAAGAGGCACUUGGCACAAACAGAUUAGGGACUCUACACUACAACUGGGUCAGACAACAAAUCGUACAUUAUUGCAUCAUGUUGGCUUAAACUCAACAAAUACACAAACCUCACUAAGUCAUCGUUUGGUAUUGCGUUCCAUACGUAGCUCAGCACGUUCUAAAAAUUCAUCACGUCCUGCCCUUCAGCCAUUCGAACCGCCUAGUGGUUCAGUGCCUUCUGGUAAUGUUUUCAAGGCUUUAGUUUUCACCGGAGCGUUUAGUUUGGGCUCAUUUUUGGGAGCCACUGUAUUGGAAUAUGAAAAUACUCGUAAUAUGAUGUUGGAAAAGGCGCGACAAGCUAAAUUGGGUUGGCUGAGAAAAAAAUCAAAUCAUGAAGAUUCUUGGGAAAAUAUUAAGCGUGACAUACGCCGCCUAUGGGAUCAGUUGGCACCCGGAGAAAAGGUUUUUGUGCCUAUCUGUGCAUUCAAUGUGUUAGUAUUUGGUCUCUGGAGAAUACCAUCUUUAAGAGGAACUAUGAUGAAAUAUUUUUGCUCAAACCCAGCAGCACGUACUGUUUGUUGGCCCAUGUUUUUGUCCACAUUUAGUCAUUAUUCUGCGUUCCAUUUAUUUGCCAACAUGUAUGUUUUGCAUAGUUUCUCUAAUGCUGCCAUACUUUCUUUGGGAAAGGAACAAUUUUUGGCUGUGUAUUUAAGUGCUGGAGUGAUAGCAAGUUUAAGUAGUGUUCUAUAUAAAGCACUUACUUUGCAGGCUGGACUUUCUUUAGGAGCAUCUGGCGCUAUAAUGGCAGUCUUAGCUUAUGUUUGUGCCCAAUAUCCUGAUACACAAUUAAGUAUAUUAUUUUUACCUAUGGUAACAUUUUCAGCCGGUUCAGCUAUUAAGGUGAUUAUGGGUAUUGAUUUAGCAGGCUGUAUAAUGGGUUGGAAAUUCUUUGAUCAUGCUGCCCAUUUGGGAGGAGCCAUAUUUGGACUAUUUUGGGCUUUCUAUGGUAUGGAUUUGUGGCAAAAACGUGUCCCAUUCCUAACAAUGUAUCAUGACUGGCGUAAGACUAAAUAGUUUUAAAUUAUGUAUUAAUAAUAUGAUAAUUUUAUGCUACAAACAAAUUUGUUGUAUGUAAAAUAGUGACAUAUUCUAUUCUAUUGACCUAUACAUAAUGAUCUAAUAGUAUAUUGUUAUUUAUAGUGUUUAAACGAAACAAAAUACAUAUAUUUUCAUUUGUUUUUCUACACAAAAGAGAAUGAAAACAAAAAUUAAAUAAAAAUGAUUUCUUUAUUGUA